UCAAAAAGACCGAUUGUCUUCAUAGGCCAUAGCUUCGGCGGCCAAGUCAUCAAACAGGCUUUGAUUCUCAGUUCAAAUUGCGCAACUGACUGCAUGAUUGCUACUUCUACUCGACUAAUCGUUUUUCUCGGGGUACCACAUCAUGGAAGCCAUCUUUUACAAAAGAAUACGGCGUCAUUAGCACUGGCAUUGGGUAGGGCUGUAAACUACUCGGUCCCACCUAAAAUUAAGACAGUCCUCCAGCCAGAAGCAGAUGAAAGUUACGGAAUCAACACUCAAUUCAUGAGAAUCAAAGGAGACACGUCAAUCAUAAAUUUCUACGAGGAAAAGUCAUUGAGUCUUAUUGGUAACGUGGUCGUGACAAGAGACUCUGCCACUUUUGACUGCGAAACAUCGGAGAAUAUGCCAGUGGCACGUACUCAUCAGGACCUUGUCAGAUUUGAAGGUACGAAUGACGAUUUCUACCAUACUCUUCGCCAAACUUUGAAUCGGAAAGUAACCGAAAUCGUGAGCGCAAUAAGCAGCGCCAAGAUAUACGAAAAUACAAACAGGGCAAGGGAAGCUUUACUCAGUAUUCUGGGAGAACCUCUUUUGCCAUCCGUACUCGACCAGAUAGAGACCCCUCAUUCGCAUACGUUGCAAUGGCUAUGGACUAGCGAUAGCGACUUUUCAAAGUGGGUCACUCAUGGGUACGGAAUUUUCGCGAUUACAGGAAAACCUGGAAGUGGGAAGUCCGUUCUCAUGAAUGCUGUGAAUGCAAGCAUUAGAAAAUAUCUAGGCGGGACCUUUUCAGUAGUAGUCUCCCAUUUUUUCAACAGCCGCGGAAACCCAACCGAAAAGACCAUCACUGGCUUCCUACGAUCAAUCUUAGUCCAAUUGCUUCGAAUUGACGUGCGCUUCUUUCAUGGACUCGAGCACGAUUGGGAGGUGCUAUCGAAACAGACACUUUAUGAUGACGCUGGAUCUUCAAGUGCUCAGAAUUUCCCACAACGUUACCUGACGGCCCAAUUCCUCGAAGAGAUGGUUCUUAAUGCAAUUAAGGGCAUGCCAGCAGAAAACAAAAUCUUGAUUCUCGUCGAUGGGCUAGACGAGUGUGAAGACGGCUUAAGUGAUUUGAAUUCCAUCGCCAAUAUUCUAAAUAGCAUCGCCGAUUCUCAAGAAGGUCGAUCAGUCAGAAUUUGUUUCUCAUGUCGGAGCUUGGAGCCAUACAAUUUCAAUCAAAUUUCGGGGAGCUUCAAUCUACAUGAACAUAACGGACCCGACAUUGUGAGAUUUGUCGACGAUCACUGGGAAUCGAUGCCUUCGAUGAGCAACUAUAACAAUGAAAUAACAACAUUGAAAUCAUGGGUUGUCUCUCGAGCUGAUGGUAUCUUCCUUUGGGUUAGACUCGUUUUAGAGAGAAUCCAAAAAGCUCUGGCAACAGGGGCAACAGUGUCAGAGAUUAAGACAAUCAUCGAUACUCCAAAUCAACUUCAUGGCUUGUUUUCCAUGCUUAUUGAUAGAAUUGAGACCGAGUUUCUGGAUGAAUCACGGACGAUGUUUUCAAUAAUACUCGCCGCCAAGCGUCCAUUAAGCUUGCGAGAAUUUCGGGUUGUGCUUGCCCUCAAAGACAGUUACUUUGAGAGCCAGGAGGAAUUGUACAGGUCGCCCACGUUUAUCCAGAAUGAUGGGAUAAUGAAAAGACGUAUACAGAGCCGGUGUGGCGGCUUGGUCGAAAUUAAGACUACUGGUGAUCUAUCCCAGGCUGGAGAGGACUGGUUAGAGAACAACACGGUCCAGUUUAUUCACCAAUCCGUGAAGGACUUCCUAAUUCAACCCAACGAGAGAUCAAUAAUAAUUCCAGAUCUAGAUACCUUGGUAAGGUACGGACAUAUAGUCCUAGGUAGUGCGUGCACCAAUUACCUUUGUCAAAAGGACAUAUGGAACUUGGCUCGAAGACCUGACUGGAUUUAUGAUCACAGAAAAGUCUUUAGCCGCCACUCAAAGUUCUUCCUAGCUUAUGCAGAGGAAAAUUGGAUCACUCAUCUUCAAGGCGUUGAGACAUUAGGAGCUGCUGAUUUAAAUACCGCCAACCUUCUCAUAAGCAACCCAGACAAUUUCGAGACAUGGAAGCUCCUCCACAGUCAAUUUCAUCCAACUGAUAAAGUAAGCCAGGAUUACGAUGCCAUACAACUCGCAGUGGAGCAUAAUUUGCAACAUUCUCUCAGGUGGUUAUGCAACAAUGGCCUAGUCGACGUUAAUAUGUGGAAUUGGAAGUUUGGAAGUUAUUUGCAUAUAGCAGUGACAAGGAACAAUGUCGACGUUGCUCGCGUACUUUUGGAAAAUGGUGCGAGGGUGAACGCAAAGGUCAACGUAAAUACCACAAAUUGGACGCCGCUUGUUGCAGCCUGCUGUUUUGGUCAUCUUGAGAGUGCUACCUUACUUCUAGAGUUUGGCGCUGAGAUCAAAGAUUCUAUACUGGUUACAGAUGAUCCGUUGAUCGCUGCUAUUCGGUCUGGAAACGAGGCGCUCGUGGAGCGUAUCCUGGAGUAUGCAGGAGGGAUAUACGCACACCCCUGGCAUCGUGACCGGGUACUAUCUAAUCUGCGCUUUUGGGAAUCCUCCCAGUUUAUUCACUAUGGUUCAAAACAAAAUGGCAAUGCUCAAAGUCAACACGCAAAAUGGCACGGAAUAUUUCGAAUGAUUUGCCAACAUCUGAAUUUUGACAGUCAGGUUGGGUUGCAAAUCAAUCCAAGCCCUGUAACUAGUAGGAACAUCGAAAUUAACACGGCUUAUUUACGUCCCGAGUUAGAUAAAAUGUGCUGGGUAGGAUCCACAGACUCAGUCCGAACACUACUCGAGAGCUUACGGGUGGGAAAAGCACUUCCGGAAUGGAUACAUGGACCCAGCAGCUUCAAACAAAGUACAUUAGUACAUUGGGCAGCCUUGAACCCGUGUUACCCCGUUUUGUCUUAUUUGCUCGAAUUGGGGCUAUCACCGGAUUCUCAAGACAUCAACGGUGAAACACCUCUUCACCUUGCCACACGUGAACAGAAAGAGGAGCACAUCAGAGUUCUUCUAGAUUAUAACGCAGAUAGAAAGAUAAAAUCUGUUAAGGGUUUCCGAGCAUUCCAUCAAGCUAUCCAGGUCAUGUCACCCGACGCGUCAACUUGGCUCUUGGACAAACUCACUACAGAUGUAUGUGAUGUCAACGUACAAGUUAUUGACGGGGUGUACCCUCUCCAGUUAGCUGCAGUAGCUGGCGCAUUCACGGCGCUGAAGUGGCUUCUCGAUAAGGGAGCCGAUAUCAAUGUUCGAGAUGAUCACGGCCGCACAGUAUUGCAUUCCGCAGCAUCCUCAUGUAGCUUGGCAUCAAUGGACAUUUUGAGGUAUUUAAUCAACCAAAAACAUGAUGCUGAAGUUCGUGAUUCAGUUGGAAGGACACCCCUGCAUAUGGUUCUCUACAGUUGCGAGACGAAGCGCAAUAUGAAUGGCUCGAACAUCGCUUUGGAAAAUGUCAAAUGUCUUGUGAGAAAUGGAGCUGAUGUGAAUGCACAAGACCAUGAGGGCAAUACCCCUCUACAUUUGGCUGCAUGGAAAAGCCACAGGGGCAUUGUAAACCUUCUAUUACGUGCUGGAGCCCAAACAUCUAAAGCAGAUAACAGGGGACUGACGGCGUUAGACAUGGCACGGGAUGAUGAGAUAAGAGAGAGCAUAGAGAUGAGUGAUCUUAAUUUCUGAAUUGGUAGAUAUGCUUACAGCGCCUUAUAAGCCCCUACUUUACAAGUGGGUCUA